AUGGAGUACCCACUACCGGGACCGGUGGUAGCUCUGCUCCAGCAGGAGAACGCCUCCAUGGUCCCAAAGUCUUAUUUCAUUAGCUCGGACAAGAAGUCUAUAAAGAUAACGCUAGUUUACGCCAAAGCUGAUCAACCAGCGGACCCGGUGACUACAUCGUUAGCUGACAGAAAGAAGACCCGGUAUGGACCUUCGGGAAAACCUUCCAGCAAACCAUCAUUGAGGCGUACGCGGAGCAAAGUUCUUUCGGAAUCUUCGACUUCCACAAGCAACGAGCAAACAGAUAACGUGUCUCACAGUGAAACUGACCAACUGUGCGUUAGUCCUGAGCUACCGAUUCACACAGACAGAAAACGGGACGGCGAACGAAUGUCGACGGCUGACAGUGGGCAUCCAUCUUCAUUCGGUGUUGCCACAAAUGAGCACGACACACUAUCAGAGUUCGAUUCUGAAGUUGGGGAUGAGGGCGAUGAAUCGGGUUGUGACUCAAUUAGUUCCUUACGGUCUGAAAAACCGAGGACUCCCUGCAGUGAAAUGGCUGUUCCUGCAUCCUCCAUAGGUCCUGGUGAAACACCGGCAGCAACUCGAGAUGAAAUGUGGCAAACGUGGACGCGUAUUCCAAGGACUCAGAUAUCCAGUCGCAGCCUCAUCUCUACGCCCCUGUCAACUGUACGCCGCUCCAUGUCGCCGUCUGUAGCAUUUGUCCAAAGAACUAUUCCAGCCGCUGUUACACUGCGCAGACCACGAUUACACGAAGGAGUUUCAUGGGACGGUUCAGGGAGCUUAUGA